UCGCGUGGUCGACUCAGAACGCGCGUCAAAAUGCUUCCAACUUUAAACGCAGCGUUCCUAAACGAAGGUUCCCGCCAAUUCAAUAAGCCGUUUUAAAUUAACAUUCCUUUUGACAUUUAAAAUGUUAUCAACCACAGACUAAAUAAAUACAUAUUUUAUAAAAACUUAAGUGCUAUACAUGUUGUAAGAUUGAUACAAUAUUAAAUGAAAAAUAAUAAUUAUACGUCUUACGAUUCUUGCGUGUACAAUAAGCAAUUGGAACUUAAAGUUUAUAAGUGAACUGUGUGUAAACGAUUCCACGGGAAAAAUAAAUACAUAAAAAACAGCCAUGUACACCCCAACGAGUACCAACAUCACAUUUCUGGAUAGUAACUCGACUGACAGCGAGUACACCCCGUACAAGGAUCGUGUCGAAACGUAUUUGGUUCCAGUGAUAUUCGCUAUAAUAUUCAUAGUGGGUGUAUUGGGAAACGGCACCCUUGUCAUAGUGUACGUGAGGCAUAGAGGAAUGAGGAAUGCACCUAACACGUACAUAUUCUCCCUUGCCCUUGCUGAUCUGCUUGUAAUACUUAUCUGCGUGCCCUUCGUAUCCACUAUAUAUACCCUGGAGUCUUGGCCGUGGGGUGAAGUGAUCUGUAGACUCUCAGAAACCGGAAAAGACAUCAGCAUUGGAGUAUCUGUGUUUACAUUAACGGCGCUGUCGGCUGAACGGUACUGCGCUAUAGUGAAUCCGUUUCGGAAACUACAAUUAAGGAAGCUACCAUUAGUCUGUGCGACAUUUAUCUGGGGUGCUGCUCUGAUAUUCGCUGCUCCUGCUGCCAUGUUCUCUAACACAAUAACGGCGCAAAUUCACAAUAAUGUCACCAUUUUGUACUGUUCGCCAUAUCCACUGGAAUGGAAGAAUUAUCCAAAGUGGAUGACGCUAGCGAAAGCGAUAAUAUACUACGCGUUGCCGUUGCUGGUGAUAUCGUUUUUCUAUUCGCUGAUGGCUCGCCGGCUGCUGGCGAGCACGAGAGAAAUGCCUGGCGCCUUGCACGCGGGGCAGGGGGAGGCGCAGGCGAAGGCGAGGAAGUCUGUCGCCUGUAUGGUAUUGAUAUUUGUUAUUGUAUUUUUCAUAUGCUUCCUACCAUACCAUGCCCUGGAGAUGUGGUUCUACCUGUCACCAACCGCUCAAACCGACUACAACGAUUGGAUCCACGCUCUCAGAAUAAUGGGAUUCUGUUUAAGCUUCCUCAACUCCUGCGUGAAUCCCGUUGCAUUGUACUGCGUUAGUGGCGUGUUCAGACAACACUUCAACCGGUACCUCUGCUGCCAGCGUACCGCUCUGCACCCCACUUGUAGCUCGCGUCUCUCCCGAACUGCUGUGUGUGAGACAUCCUUUAGAAGCACGCAGCGAUUGCGGUGUAAUAGGAACCCAACAGAAAGCGUCGUAAUUUCCAACUACGAUUACGGAAGCAAAAAGAAAAACAAUAUUAUAAUAUCCAGGAACAGUGGCGAUGGUGUCACCAUCAUGACCGUCAGAGACUCCAACGUUUUCCUCACUGACGUUGAUGAAAAAUGUAUUACCAGAUAGGUUUCUAGAACUCUCCAAAGACAAAUAGCUUAAGAACGAACCAAACAUGUAAAUAAUUCUAUUGUAUGUGAUUAUGUUCUAGUCGGAUGUGAUGAUUAAUUUAUUGUAUUGUAAUGCUAAUUAUGUUGUAAAUUAUAUAAGAUUGUUCCUCGGAAUAUAUAUUUACGAUAAAAUGUAAUAUGGAGCUACGUAGUUAUCAAUCUGCCGUCUUUAUUUUAAGGAAUCUUUCCGGUUUUCAAAAACACUUCUUAGUUAACAUGACUUGAAGGAAAGAUUGGCAAAUAGUUUUGCAUUGGGAAUAAACAUAUACAUUAUGUAAGUAUGUGGCUUGUUAAAAAAAUAAGUCUUAAGAAAUAAAGAUGAUUUACUGUUAAAAUUGUUAUAAUAUAAUUAUAUUCCAUGAUUAUUGCGUUUUUACGAGUUAAUAUCAUAUCAUAUUUUAUAAGUAAAGCAUUUAAAAUAUUUCGUUUAUUAAAUUAUAUUUAUGAACAUACCUGACGAUAAUAAAUUUAUAUUAAAACAGAGAUAUUUGCGUAUGCAUUUUUUACUUUGUAUUAAAUUAAUCUCGAUGUAGAUAUACUUUACGAAAAUCUGCAAACGUAAUAUUAAUACAGGUAAAUAACAUAAAUUGAUAAGCUUUGAUAUUGAAUAAGUUAUGUAAAUAUAGAUAGAUAACAAAUCGAGUAUAAUGCUGCAUUUUUGUAUAAAAAAAAACACCGUAAACUUCUUAAAUCUUUUAUCUCAACUCAUAUGUGUAUUGCAUGUCAAUCCAUAAAUUGGAAAAUAAA